GUUGCCCUGCGAUGGACUGGCUUUCUGUCCAGGGUGCACCCUGCCUCCCGCCCAUAGACAGCUGGGACAGGCUCCGGCACCACCCAUGACCCCGCAUGGGAGUGGAUGGAUGGUAUAUUUGAACUUUUACACAAACAUUACUGAUAAUUUGUCUAAUAACUGUGUAGAAGUUUGAAUGUACCUCGUGUUUAGUUUUCUAGUAUCACGUCUCCAGUGUUUCAGAUUGAUAAAUAGACUUGUUAAUUGAUUGUUUGCAUGAUGCUAAAACACGAGGUGCUCUGGAAUGUUUGGUUCCUUGUUGUUAAAGCCAAGUUGCUUUUAACCGCGUUUAACAACCUUUUCAACUUUACUAGGCUGCAACCUGACUAUUUCUAUUACAGUAUCAAUAGUUUAUUAGACAGCUUAUUCUCUGCUGCACAGACUCUUUCCUUAAAAAUGGUUUAGUUUGUUUCCUAAGUUCCUUUCUCGUCUUCAGUGAUUUAUCAAACUUGUUUCACGUCCUUCCUGUUUUUAGAUCCGCAGACACAACUUGACGACACUAAGCCAGAUGUACUAAUCGCCACUGAAGGUUACAACAGAGGCAGCCUUUCAAAUGGAGCGUGGUCACUGUGAUUUAAAACAGAACGCGCUUGAGGAUUGUUGCAAUUGGUCGCCCCAGAAUGACCCUAAUGUUGAUGGAUUGGAAUCAAUGCUGGACAGAUCAGAGGGGAAAAGUUCAAAUGAACGGAUGGCUGGAAACAUCUUGCCCCGAGCCUUUGGGUCGGGUCCAGAGGCCAGUCAGAAACUAGGCCUGUGCUGGUGCUGGGUGAGCCUGUUCCUGUUCACCACUAAUCUUUCCAGUGUGAAUCUGUUUUUUUAGGCCUGUACAGCUAUGGAACAAUGUAAGGUGUAAAAAACACACUGGGCGUCUCAGAGUAAACGUGCUUUCAUUAUUGUUAUUGAUCUGUCAGGUUCAUAUUAAUGCACAUAUUCAUGCUGUACAUAUUUCUUGUUAAUUGGAUAAGAGUGAAACUGGACUCCAAAGACAAAAGCAGUUUAAACUGAAGGGUCCAUGUCCGUCCGGCCUCAGUGGACACAGUGUGAAUGCGCUGCUGGAGCUGUCGGUAUCGACGGCGUGUGCUCAGAACAAACCUUCCCCCCAACAGCCCGCUUGUUUCCACUUUGUUUCUGGCAGCGCUGAAGCAGAGAAAGGGGUCACCGAGGUUUAGGUGAUGCGCAGUGACUCAGAUGUUGAGGACACGAAUGAUCCGAAAAUGCUUUGUGGGCCGUGCGAGGGCAGCGUGACCCAGGGAGACACCACAUGUCUGUGGCUCUGCAUGGUCCACAUGCUGGACUGUAAUUAGCACAGAACUGGGUAGUGACCGUGUUACUGGAUGCACUGGGAGUCCUGGCACACAUGUUGGACCCACUCCCAUUCCUCUUUGAUGGCUCGGAGAACAACAGCUGAGUGAAGAUGGGGGACUGGAACUUCCUCGGGGGGAUCCUGGAGGAGGUGCACAUCCACUCCACUAUGGUGGGGAAGAUCUGGCUCACCAUCCUGUUCGUGUUCCGCAUGCUGGUGCUCGGCGUGGCGGCGGAGGACGUGUGGAACGACGAGCAGGCCGACUUCGUGUGCAACACGGAGCAGCCCGGCUGCAGGAACGUGUGCUACGACCUGGCCUUCCCCAUCUCGCUCAUCCGCUACUGGGUGCUGCAGGUCAUCUUCGUGUCCUCGCCGUCGCUCGUGUACAUGGGCCACGCGCUCUACAGGCUGCGCGCGCUGGAGAAGGAGCGGCAGCGCAAGAAGGCGCUGCUGCGGAAGGAGCUGGAGCUGGUGGACGCGGAGUGCGCGGAGGCGCGGAGGAGGAUCGAGCGCGAGAUGAAGCAGCUGGAUCAGCGGAAGAUCAACAAGGCGCCGCUGCGGGGCUCCCUGCUGUGCACGUACGCCGCCCACAUCGGCGCUCGCUCCCUCGUGGAGGUGGCCUUCAUAACAGGUCAGUACGUCCUGUACGGCGUCCACCUGUGCCCGCUCUUCAGGUGCGAGCGCGAGCCCUGUCCUAACGCUGUAGACUGUUACGUUUCCAGACCCACGGAGAAAAGCGUCUUCAUGGUCUUCAUGCAGUGCAUCGCCGCCCUCUCCCUCUUCCUCGGCGUCCUGGAGAUCGCGCACCUGGGCUACAAGCACGUGAAACGGAGCAUUUUGGACUCGUACCCCCACGCGCGCGACGACGGGGAUGAACUGGAUAACUUCAUGAACAGGAUGAAAAAGGAGUCGGUGGUGCAGGUUUGCGCCAGCGGAGCCCGGAAGACGACGACCGCGUCUGCCCCCGGUGAGUACUCCAUUCUAAUGGACAAGGUUCAGGGCACGGUCAUGUAUCCGAACCUCGCCAAGCCACUUCUGGGUCAACCGGCCACGCAGCACAACAUGGCGAAUAUCACCGGCACCUCCACCGCCAAGCCCUGCCUGCCGGGCAGCGACGCUCCCAGUAACGCAAAGCAGGAGGCGGACGACGCUUCAGACCGGGACAAGGAAGGAAGUCCAGCGGUUCCGAAACACCAGCCGAGGGCCCCGCACGCUUUCCCUGGUUCCGCGCAGCCAGCGAGCGCGUCCAAGAGGCGGUGGAAGACCCGUGGGUCGCCCAGGUGCUCCACGGUGCCGGAGGGCACAAGCUCCGACGCGCUGUCGCGUGCGCCCGCGAAACCCAGCGGCGGCUCCGCGCGCGAGCAGAAGCAGCCGAAGCCGGACGGCAAAGAUCAAAGCUGCUCCUCCAGCUUAGACACAGUGGACGAAUCCAGCUCAGCAUCCGGACGCAACCACACGCCAUCACCACCGCCCCCCACGUGCAGAACGUCAGCGUAGAGCAGCCCGAGCCACGAGCAUCUGAACUUUACAUCCACAGAUUCAUGAAGCUCGCGCAUUUACCUCGAAGCAGUGAAACGGACACUAAUAAUGACCUUUAACUCAGUCAGCUUCUUCCCCAGGCUGUUCAAGUUGAACUCUACCCGUCACAAUACAAUGACUGACACAAACUGUGCAAUAACCACUGUUGAACGUGACACAGCGAGCUGCAGUUUAUAUUCUUUAUUGGUUCAUUUUUGUAAAUAACUAACUAAAAUUGUAAAUAAUGGUGAAAAAGAAGGAACCAAGACGAGCAGACUACAUAUAAUUCCUUGGUUGGCCAUUAAAACUGAUUCUGAUUCUCAUGGCAAUUCAGCAAGAAGCUGAAGAAAUUUGUAUCUAGUCUAAAUGAUCAACCUGUCUUUGGAAUGAGCGUGUUUUUAUUGUAAUUAACUGCACGAUAUGUCGCCAUGUUAACACCAAUAUUAGAACAGAUGCAUCAUAUGUCUGAUAGUCUACAAAACUGCAAUGUUAGCAUUCGUCAGUGGUAGUGUUGUUCAUAGUGGUUUCAUUUAGACAUUUAGUACAAACAUCUCUCUGGUGUCAUCUGAAGUGCAUAUAAAAACAAAGUGGUUCAUUUACUGUA